CACGCUUCACAUUUCAGCGCAGCCUGCCCGCCGGGUCUCAUCAUCAGCAGCAGUAGCAAGCCAGCUCGCCCUCUGUAGAAUUAUUAAAACACACGCAAAACACCGAUAGCUACCUAGGUAGGUAAAGAGGAGGAGGAGUCCGGCGGAGAGAGGUCUACAAACCAGUAAAUGUUGGUUAUGUCAAUGCUGGUGACUUCUUGUGUGAAUUCAAACGAAUUUAACCGAACAUUAACACCAGUUUUAUUUCACGCUUAAAACAGUUUGUAAUUGGCGUGUUUGUUGAAAAAAAGUGUUCGUUUCUUUGUCAUCUGCUCUGCUGGAAGAGACAACAUUUUAACAGCGUUGACAGCACCACACACUUGCAUCAUGAGUAGCGCUCAAGAUAUGCCGCCUGCUAGCGGCGGGAGUGCGGGUAAAAAGAAAGGUGGUGGUUUUCUUCAUCGACAAGCGAAGGCUAAGAAGGCAACCACCACAGGUGGAGAAAUCUCAGAAGAAGAGCUGCUUCAAAAGGAUUCCAUUUCUCCAGAUGACGUACUUAAGCUCGUGAAAUGUUCAGAAAAUUAUUUAUGUGAUCCAGAUGCUAAUAUUUACAACAUAGACUUCACACGCUUCAAAAUAAGAGAUAUGGAUACAGCAACAGUUCUCUUUGAGAUAGCCAAACCACCAUCAUCAGAUGAGGAUGAUGAUGUUGAACCAGAUUCUGAUGACGUUGAUCCUAACGCUGGGAGGUUUGUACGAUACCAGUUCACACCUCAGUUCCUCAAGUUAAAGACCAUCGGGGCAACGGUUGAAUUUGUUGUAGGUGACAAGCCAGUUAAAAACUUUCGAAUGAUUGAGAGACACUACUUCAAAGAGCGUUGCUUGAAGACUUUUGACUUUAACUUUGGAUUUUGCAUUCCUAAUAGCAAAAACACUUGCGAACAUAUAUACGAGUUCCCAAAGCUUACGCAAGAAGAGAUUCAAGAAAUGGUGGACCAACCUUUUGAUACCAAAUCGGACAGCUUCUAUUUUGUUGACAACAAUCUGAUUAUGCACAACAAGGCAGAUUAUGCAUACAAUGGAGGCAUUGGAGCAAUGUGAUAAAGACAAAAUGUAGCUAACCCUUGUAACUCUUAUACAUCCCCAUUCAUUCCAUUGUGCAUUAAACAGUAACUCCACAUGGAUCACAACAACCACACAUCUAGCAGGAAAUUUGGGAGGAAUAUUAGUUUUAGAUUGUGUAAGUUUAUUCAUCACUUCAGUUGUCACGACUCAAAUUCAGAUUCUCAUGUUGUAGAAUUUCAAAAAAGUAUUAUUCUUUAAAAAUUACAGUCAUUUAAAAUAACAAGGACUGUUCCUCUUGACUGGAUAUGCUUAGAAAGCUGUUUUAAUCUGCGUGGGAAGUUUAAAGGCAUUGGAAAUUAUUGGUAGUUACUCAAAAUACAUUUUUAGCAUAACAACUUUAAAACUUGGUUAACA